ACACCAACGUAGCCACCCUUCUUUCUAACAACAACAUGUCUGCAGCAUCAUCCAUCACCGCUAUCCACGUGGAGAACAUUGAGUUCCCAGCGGUGGUAACCUCUCCGGCCACCGGCAAAUCAUAUUUCCUCGGCGGUGCAGGUGAGAGAGGGUUAACUAUCAAUGGAACUUUCAUCAAGUUCACUUGCAUUGGAGUAUAUUUGGAGGACAAAGCAGUAGAAUCUCUUGCCACUAAAUGGAAGGGUAAACCCUCAGAAGAGUUGCUUCAUACUCUUGACUUCUACAGAGACAUCAUUUCAGGUCCUUUUGAGAAGUUAAUAAGAGGAUCAAAGAUUAAGGAACUGGGUGGUCCUGAGUACUCAAAGAAGGUAAUGGAGAACUGUGUGGCACAUUUGAAAUCUGUUGGAACAUAUGGAGAUGCAGAAGUUGAAGCUAUGCAAAAAUUUGCUCAAGCUUUCAAGAAUGUUAAUUUUCCACCUGGUGCUUCAGUUUUUUACAGGCAAUCACCUCAUGGAAUAUUAGGGCUAAGUUUCUCAAAAGAUAUAAGUAUACCAGAAAAGGAGGAUACAGUUAUAAAGAACAAAGCAGUUUCAUCUGCAGUGUUGGAAACUAUGAUUGGUGAGCAUGCUGUUUCACCUGAUUUGAAGCGUUGUUUGGCUGCAAGAUUACCUGCAUUGCUGGAUGAGGGUACUUUCAAGAUUGGAAAUUGAUGAUUUUACAUCUUUCAAAGGUGUUGCAAUAUACAAGCUGAGAGCAUGUUCUUUUUUUUUUUUUUUUUUUUAAAUAUUUACACACUUUUUUUUAUUCAUCAAUAAUAUGAAACGUAAUGAAAGAUCUCACUUACUGUGAUGGAUAAUAUUAACUACUAGUACUUUUAAGUAAAAGUGUUUUGUUUUGUUCAAAAUAGAGUAAUAUAAUAUUGUGUACGUAAGUUAGGUGAGUGGGACAUAUCAUGUCUCUUAAUAUGAUUUACGGUCGUUUUGUUACCAACUAUGUUUGAAGGACAAUAAAUUACUCAAUAUUACUUCUAGAA